AUGCUUGAAGUGAAGCCAGACAAGAGCAGCAACUCUGAGUCCGACACUAAUUCGUCGACGAGGAAAAGUGGCGACGUUUUAGUCAAGGAUGAGACCAGCGUGCACCACAAGGACUUUACGAGUCCAACAGGCGGUGUUUUCGUGCCCUUGAACGAUGACGAUACGUCAUCGCUAUCUUCUGCAGCAGCAGGAGAAGACCCUGAGAAGAGAGAUCCCACGAAAUUGGAUCAGGACAACGUCUUGUCCGAGUACUCGGAGGAGCAGGUCAUGAACAUGGGCCGUGCAUUUGCAGCCAAGUACAACUUGCCCAACGAUGACGACAUUUUCGGGCGUGCAGCGGCCUUGGCAAGAAGACCAACCGAGUACGACAGGAUGGACCAUUUGAAAGAGGAUGAGCGUAUCGCAUGCUACGACGAGAUCCAUCACCCUUUCAGAAUGCCCAGAAAAUUGUUAAAUGUUAUCGCUGCUAGUGCCAUGGGUGCUGCCGUGCAAGGUAUGGACGAAACGGUCAUUAACGGUGCCAACCUUUUCUACCCAAAGGAGUUGGGGCUAGGUGCCAAGACUAAGAGAAACGACUGGCUACAGGGUCUAGUCAACGGUGCCCCCUAUCUAUGCUGUGCUGGUGUGUCUUGCUGGACCACCGACUUUUUGAACAACAGGUUUGGGCGUAAAAAAGUCAUCUUCAUCACAUGCUGUAUAUCUGCGAUCACUUGCUUCCUACAGGCAUUUGGGCCUGCUGGUACUAGAGGCUGGCAUUAUUUGUUCGCAAUGAGAUUUUUGUUGGGUUUCGGUAUUGGUCCAAAGAGUGCUACCGUCUCGGUGUACUUGGCUGAGUGUUCCACCAAACAGUUGCGUGGUAUAGUGUGCAUGAACUGGCAAACCUUUACCGCGUUUGGUAUCAUGUGGGGUUAUGUUUUCUCGUUGAUCUUUUACAAAGUUGGAAGAGCAGGCAUCGCAGGAGGUUUAAACUGGCGUUUAAUGUUGGCCAGUGCCAUGAUCCCAGCCAUCUUGGUCUUGUUCCAGAUCCCAUUCUGCCCUGAGUCCCCCCGUUGGUUGAUGGGUAAAGGCCGUUACCAAGAAGCUUACGAGUCCACCCUCACAAUCAGAAACCACAAGAUUUUGGCUUGUCGUGAUCUUUUCUACCAACACGUUUUGUUAAUGGAAGAAAACUCUUUGCAAAUGUCUUACCGCGAUAGAUUUAAGGAAGUGUUCACCGUUAGAAGAAACAGAAACGCCCUUGUCACUGCAUUCAUUUGUGCAUUCAUGCAACAAUUCUGUGCCAUUAACGUCAUUGCCUACUACUCUUCUGCGAUUUUCUUACAAUCUGGUUUCAGCGAAGUGUCUUCCUUGUGUGCCUCUUUGGGUUUCGGUUUAAUUAACUUCUUCUUCGCUAUACCUGCAUUUUUCAUGAUUGAUAGAUUUGGUAGAAGAUUCCUUCUAUUACAUACCUUCCCGUGGUUAGCAGUUUUCCUAUUAAUUGCAGGUUUCUCGUUCUGGAUCGAUGAUAGAGAUAAGAGAAUAGGAGUCGUCUCUAUGGGUAUCUACGUUUUCUCCGCUAUUUAUUCUUUCGGUUGUGGUGUUGUUCCAUUCGUUAUCGCCGGUGAAGUGUUCCCAUUAUACGUGCGUGCCAUCGGUGCAUCCCUUUUCACAAUUGUAUUAUGGGGUUUCAACUUUAUCCUCUCCCUAACUUGGCCAAGCAUGUUGCGUGCUUUCAAGCCACAGGGUUCUUUCGGAUUCUAUGCAGCUUGGAACGUCAUUGGAUGGUUCUUGGUCUACUUCUUCAUGCCAGAAACUAAACAAUUGACCUUAGAAGAAUUGGAUGAAGUCUUCGAUGUCCCCUUGAUGACGAGAGCCAGACACCAACUCUUGAACUUAUGGCCUAACUUCCAAAUUCAUUUCUUGAGAAGAAAGGGUGUUAAGCUACAGCCACCAUUGGACAGACAUCACAGAAUGGCUAUCAAAGCUGCUGAAUGGAAUGAAAAGGCCGAGGUAGAAGAAAUUGAAAUAAGGAAAGAUGAAGAAUGA